CUGCAGGGGCCACCCCGGACGUGGCGCAGUGAUGGCAGUGCACGACCACGGCCUCCUGCUGCUGCUGCUGCUUGGCCUGGCAGCAGUGACCCACCCGCCGCCCACUGCUGCCCAGCCGCCGCCCGCUGCCCUCCGCGCCGGCCACACCGUUGCCUCGCUGCCUACCGCUGCUGCUGCACCACGCACCCGAUACCUUUUGUAUGACGUAAAUCCUCCUGAAGGGUUCAACCUUCGCAGAGAUGUCUAUAUUCGUAUCGCUUCACUUCUAAAGACUUUGCUGAAAAGUGAAAAUUGGGUGUUAGUUCUGCCUCCUUGGGGACGUCUUUAUCACUGGCAGAGCCCAGACAUUCUUCAGGUUCGAAUUCCUUGGUCUGAGUUUUUUGAUAUCCCAAGCCUCAAUAGGAACAUCCCUGUCAUUGAAUAUGAGCAAUUCCUUGCAGAGUCAGGUGGGCCCUUUAUUGAACAGAUUUACGUCCUGCAAAGCUACGCAGAAGGAUGGAAAGAAGGAACAUGGGAGGAAAAAAUAGAUGAGAGGCCUUGCAUUGAUCAGCUUAUGUAUUCCAAAGACAAGUAUGAGUACUACAGGGGAUGGUUCUGGGGUUAUGAAGAAACACGGGGCCUAAAUGUGUCUUGCUUGUCUGUCCAAGGAUCUGCCUCUAUUGUGGCUCCCAUCCUUUUGAAAAAUACCUCAGCACAGUCAGUGAUGUUAGACAGAGCUGAAAACCUUCUUCAUGACCACUACGGAGGGAAAGAUUAUUGGAACACCCGUCGAAGUAUGGUGUUUGCUAAACACUUGCGUGUAGUAGGAGAUGAGUUUAGAAACAAGUAUCUUCAAUCCACAGAUAAAGCAGACAGGACUCAUUACAAUGAGGACUGGACACAGAUGAAGGUCAAGAUGGGCACAGCUCUAGGUGGUCCAUAUCUUGGGGUUCAUCUCAGAAGGAAAGACUUCAUCUGGGGUCACAGAGAAGAUGUGCCUUCGCUGCAAGGAGCAGUAAAGAAAAUCCGCAGCCUCUUGGAAGCAUAUAAACUUGAAAAAGUUUUCAUAGCCACUGAUGCUGUUGAGGAAGAGAUUGAAUUGCUUAAGAAACUGCUGCCUGAGAUGGUGAGGUUUGAACCUAGUUGGAAGGAGCUAGAACUCUACAAAGAUGGGGGGAUGGCUGUGAUUGACCAGUGGAUCUGUGCGCAUGCAAGAUAUUUUAUAGGCACCUCAGUUUCAACAUUUUCCUUCCGGAUCCAUGAAGAAAGGGAGAUCUUGGGAUUUGAUCCAAAAACAACUUACAACCGAUUUUGCGGUGAAAAAGAGAAAAACUGUGAGCAGCCAACUCACUGGAAAAUUGUGUACUAAUAUAUAGAGAAAUCCAAGGACUUUAAUACUCUGGUGAGCUCAAGAGAAUGAGGAAAGACUACAGGGAAAUACAUGCCUUUUACCAAAAUACAACUCAGUCCUCUCCCCUCUUCUCUAUGUUUACUUGACAUCUGCGUUUUGAAGCACAAGCAAUAUUCAUCCUUUUAUCCAGACGCUGAUGUGAGCGAGGAAAAUGAAGUCAGCCUGGGAUUUAUUUCUCAGCAGAACUAUGAUUACAGAUGAUACCAUGCACUACAAUUAAGAUUUGAAAGGCAGAACUUUGUGCUGAAGCUGAGUAAUGAAUCAAGUCAAAGUUUUCUUUGGAGUUCUUAGGGAACUCCAUUUCUGUCUUUACCUGAUUGUUCAGUGUUUGCCUCUCUGCAGGAAGUAUAGCUCAUUUUUGUAAGCUGCAAUGUGUGAGUUGCAGAUUGUGCAUAAACUCUGCAGUUCCUUAGGAAAAUCUUUCCUUUUCAACUAGUAAGUUGUGAGUAUUCAAAUUGAUGCAGUCAAUGCUCAGUAAAAAGAAGAGGGUGUGAUACUUCUGUGCGAGCACUAUGCUGCGAGAAGCAUAGCUUCACAUAGCAGUCUCAGUGGGUCUGUGCUGAGAGAGGCACAAAGACUGGUUUUGGAGCGUAGUAAAAUAAGUGUUGUUUCUUAUGCUUUUUCUUCACAGAGGAAGCUUUUCCGUAUCAUCCUCUGAAGGGUGUAUUCAGUUGGACUGAUGCAAAUGUUGGUACCUUUUGGGCAUCACUCAGCUAAGUGACCAUGAUACUUUGCCAGGGAACAUGCUAAAAGACCUUUCAAGUUUCCAUAUCAGUUAAAUAGAUCAUCCCAGUAGUUCAAGAAAUGAAUGUUCUGAGUUUCUGCUUUCAGUUUUCAGAAGGGAGCAAAUUGAAGAAAAUUAAAGAUAACAAAGGCCAUUGGGCCACAAAAUAAUGUGUAUAAGCUGAGCAGCUAGGUACCUUGCAGGUGAUAUUGCACUCCAAUGGAGACAGCUGGCUGGUGGUAUAUGGGAAGAGCACUGUGCUACAUCGCUAUCCAGAGGGAAAGUGCAGCUCCUAUUUGAGUACAAAUUUUUAAGUACAAAUUCUAGUUUUUGCAGUCUCCUGCCAUUCAGAUUUGACUGCUAGAAAGUAUUCUCCAUUUUAUGCUUCAGAUGGGUCUUUUGCCCUGCAGAUGCACAUGGCUCAGUAAAGCAGGAAAAACUUUUUUUUCAAAAAUGGGCCUAGAGAGAGGUUUCAAGAGGUGAGUCAGAUGUUUUUCCUAAAUUCAGUUUUACUAGGUUACCUCCCUGUUAGUAGAUCCUUCACUUGCUUUUUCCCUUGUCUUGAGCAGGAGCACAGAUAUAACCCUCCUGCACUGUGCUUUGGAUGUUUCAUAGAUGCUUCCAGACAAUAGGUUGUUUCCUUCUGUGCAACUGCAGUGAGAACUGUGAAGACUUCUCAGACAGUAGUAGCAACAGAUAUCCUGUUCUUACCAGCUGUUUAUUUAUCUCCUUGUUGCAGCUGAGUCUCUCUGUUGACAAAGUGGGGAACCCAACUAAAAGCAGUGCCUUUGCCCACCAAGUCAAAUGUUCUUGUUUAGCCUGUUUGCCAUAUAAAGCAAUGGUGACAUCUUACAUGUAAGAAGUACCUCCGUUCAUUGAGGAAAAAAUAAAAAGCUUUCUAGCAUUUUA